GACCCUAUGUUCAAGCUGCUGUUUAUCUUGUGAGUGUGUUGUAUGAACUGUGCUUUUCCCACAGUUCUUUACAGAGAAGAGUAAUAUGUAGAUGAGUAACAAUUUUAACAUAGUUAAGCCUGGUAAUUUUUGAAAAAUAAAGUUACUGUAGCUGGAACCAUAAAAAUGUGUUCAACUUAAUUUAAAAAUAGUGUGUAAACUUUUCUUAAAUGGCUUCUAUCCAUCCUAGAUUCAAGAUAAGGAAGAAGCAAAUGUACUUGCUUUCUCACUGAUUUGAGGCAAACCAUAGUUUGCCAUCUUUUGCAAGACAGCAGAUAAGACAAACUAUAUAAAUAAUGAGAGCAAACCCCAUUUAUAUAGUUGAUCUUUUUCUUACCCAUAUCUAAAGGAUAGGUAUAAUUUUUGAGCAGUAUCCAGUACUGCCUGUAGUCUAAUUGGAGUAUAUUGCUACUGAAAUGGAAACAGUAGUUUCCAAAGGAAUUGGUAAUGAAAGUGGUUAUUUUUUCAUUUGAAGGGUUGCUUAAGCAAGCUUUUUUUUUUUUUUACUUUAUUUCUAUGCUAUCUUUUUCCUUACACAAUCCUUUCUCCAUGUUAUCCUUGUAACAACCUAUGAAAUUGGUGAGGCUUACGGUCAGUAACUGGUCCAAAGUCACCCAGUGUGCUUCAUGGCGGAGUGUGGACUAGAACCUGGGUCCCCCAAGGCCUAGUCCAGCACUCUAGCCAGUAAGCUACAUUGGCUUCUGGAACUGCAACAUAAUUAGCUGAGGCACAAAAGCAGUAUUGGAGAAUGCCCUAUAAUCCCAAUACACAUGCUUUUGAACUGAACUUGUAUGGCCUCUGUAAUGCACCAUUUCCUUUGUUAGGGCAGCUUUCCUAAUAAGUCCACAAAAAAACUUAGCUAGGCCUGUUGCUUGCUUAGCAGUGUUCAGUCAUUUGUGACCUAACAGGAAGCAACCCCUCUUGUUUGUUGCAUAGAACAAUUUUUACUGACCACAGACAAAAACCAGUGGUUGGUUAACAAGCCUUUUCUUAAAACAAGGAAACAAGCAAGCACAAUGUAAAACGCCUGGUAUUGCUCUAUGCCAUAAUUGCCAAUUGAUUAUUGCUACUCAGAGGACUUUCACCACUUGAUAUACUGCUUGAAGUUUGAAGAAUUUUCAUGGAAGUGAGCUCCAAAGUAGGAGGUAUCUUUACUGUUCAGAUAUGCUCCCAUCCUUAUGUACAUCUUUCUGGUUGUCCUACAACAGAUCUGACCAUUCAUAAUAAUAUGGUACCCUUCAUUAUACUCAUUCAAAUAGCACUGCUUUUCCAUGUCCCAGUAUUCAUGCUCAUCUCACAAAGUAUGGCAGCCUGAGUCAAGGCAUGUCUACUCAGAAAUUGAACCUGCAUAAAGAUGUCCAAGCAACAGUCUGCUGAGAAGUUUACAAAUCCAGAAACUCCUGGUUAUGUUGGAUUUGCAAACCUUCCUAACCAGGUUCAUCGGAAGUCUGUGAAAAAAGGCUUUGAGUUCACUCUUAUGGUCGUUGGUGAAUCUGGAUUGGGAAAAUCUACACUAAUAAACAGUCUGUUCUUAACAGAUCUCUAUCCGGAGCGGAUAAUCCCAGGAGCAGCUGAGAAAAUUGAAAGAACUGUGCAGAUUGAAGCUUCAACAGUUGAAAUUGAGGAAAGAGGUGUAAAGCUCCGAUUAACUGUAGUAGAUACACCUGGGUAUGGUGAUGCCAUCAAUUGUCGAGAUUGUUUCAGGACUAUUAUUUCCUAUAUUGAUGAGCAGUUUGAGCGCUAUCUUCAUGAUGAGAGUGGCUUGAACAGACGGCACAUUGUAGAUAAUCGAGUUCAUUGCUGCUUCUAUUUUAUUUCACCAUUUGGCCAUGGACUUAAACCCUUGGAUGUUGAGUUCAUGAAAGCCAUACACAACAAAGUGAAUAUAGUGCCUGUAAUUGCAAAAGCUGAUACUCUUACACUGAAGGAACGAGAAAGGCUGAAGAAAAGGAUUCUGGAUGAAAUUGAAGAGCAUAGCAUCAAGAUUUACCAUUUGCCUGAUGCUGAAUCAGAUGAGGAUGAGGACUUUAAAGAACAGACCAGGCUUCUGAAGACCAGCAUUCCUUUUUGUGUUGUGGGAUCCAAUCAACUAAUUGAAGCUAAAGGUAAAAAGGUUAGAGGUCGCCUCUACCCUUGGGGAGUUGUUGAAGUGGAGAAUCCAGAGCAUAAUGACUUCUUGAAACUAAGAACCAUGUUAAUCACCCACAUGCAGGAUCUCCAAGAAGUAACUCAAGACCUUCAUUAUGAGAACUUCCGUUCUGAAAGACUUAAAAAGGGCGGCAGGAAGGUAGAAGAUGAGGAAGUUAAUAAAGACCAAAUCUUGCUGGAAAAAGAAGCUGAACUCCGUCGCAUGCAAGAGAUGAUUGCAAGAAUGCAGGCGCAGAUGCAGAUGCAGAGAGGUGAUGGAGACAGCAGUAUGGCCCAUGGGCACAAAGUUUAAAUUAUUUGAUACCUUUGUUAAUUGGAGCCAUUUGAGAUUUUCGAUGCCGUGGUGGGGUUUAUCCUGCUCUGACUUGGAAAGUCCAUAUGCAUUCAGCAUGCAAAUACAUUGUGGUCAUUUAUGUAAUGUCUACUUUGUAUACAACUUAAACUUGGUCAAUAUUUCAAUUUUAUGAUAUAAUGUGAUGAUUUAUUAACUUUGAUAGUACUCUUUUACUGAAUUGAUUUUAUUACAUUGACUACACAAAUAUUAAGAUUUUUCCUAAUAUUAAUUGAAUAGUUAUUGAUUACUACCACUGUUUUGAGUUUUAUUUGCACUGAAGGGUUCAACUUUUUAAACUGCAGUUCCAUCAUCCAAAGCUUAUAUAUGUGAGCUACAGAGAAAUAGCCUUCUCUGAUACCUUACGUGGCUGGCAUGCCACUUUAAACCCACCAUUCCUACAACUAUCAAAUGUUGCUUGGUCACAUGAAAGACAAGUGCUAAAAGCUUUCACUGUGGAAGGUUGUGAUAUCUUGAGCGAACAUUUGAGCCUAAGGAUGGAGUCACUUACACUGCUCUUGGACAACCUAUAUGUAAGUGACAAUCCUUCAGUGCUGUUUUUUCUUAUAUCUAAUAGUAUAUAGGACUCUGUGCCUGUAACACUCCUGAGCCUUUCCCAGGUUUCAUACACAUUUUAUCAAGUAACUACCACAUAUGUUCCUUUUUGUGUGUGAACUAAAAAAAAUCAAAAUAAGCUUUAAAGACAGAAUACAGUUUUAAAAGCAAAUAUCACAUCUUCAGGGACAUACCUUUUUUUAAAAAAAGUAGGACCAACCCAAAUCAUUGUCAUGUGUUACUUUGUAGUAAAGAGAGAGUAGAAGAAUGAUUUCUGUUAGUUGGUCACAAAAUACCAGGGCAUUUGCACUGUGUUUGAAUAUGCACAAAUGAGAGUAACUAAAUCUAUCAUCAGGGAUUUCAACAAAAUCUGAUGGAAUGGAACUAUCUCAUGCAAACUAGCUUUUUGGCAGGGCUGCUUAAAUAUGAAGGAAAAAAUUGCUCAUGUGGAAUGACCCUACUUAAUCAUUAAAAUGUCUUUUCUGAGAUAAUUGCCCUAACAUUACGGGUGCUUGAAUUAUUAGGACAGGAUUAAUAGUCUUAGUUUUCCAUAAAGAUAUCAAGAGUUUGCUGUGGACUGUUGGUAUUGCCCUAAGUAGAAUAACAUUCAAAUUGAAGUAUGAAAUAGAGGAAAAGUUGCUAACAUAGUCUUGUUUUUAAUCUUUACCUGCCUUUUGACAGACUGCUUAACUCUAUUUCAGAAUUUACUGAAAUGGUUUACAACUCAGUGCCAAAAAACUGAAAGUCAGUGCUGUCAUAUUAUCAUGCAAUCUCUAUUCAUUAAAUAUAUUUUCCUGAAUAUAACCUAAUUUCAAUACUGUAAUUUAGAAACCUUCAUUUACAAAUUCUUGUCACUUAAAUUCAAAAUUAAAAAAUUAAGCCAGAUAACAGCUGUUGCUUUUAUGCAAGCUCCUAGGUGCUUCUCAAAAAUUGCCACAACUGGUCUGAAAGAACAAAGAAAGCAAAACUUGUUUCAUUUCUCUCUAAUCAAACACACACACACACACACACGUUUCUAUAUAUUCAGAAUUGAUUGGGAAAAUUAUACAAAUGCAAAAACUUAUCGGAUUGGAUCUAAAGCACUCCAUUAUAUAAGGGACUAGAAUCCAGCAAAGGCCUCAUGGAGAGAAGGAGGUAUUUUUGCUAUUUGUACCUUGUGCUUGUGUCGCCCUCCAUGGAACUCCAGAGACUUUCCCAACCCUGUGGGGUAGAUUUUGAAGAGGUAUAAGCAGUCAGCAGGUGAAGAGAAGAGUGUUCUGCUCAUGGGUAUCUAGCUCCAACACAGAAUUUUCAUAUGCUAAGCAGAAACAAAGCUUGUUUUAAAAUGUUUCAGCAAACAGUUAACUUAAAAACCAAAAUGGAACAGAAGGUUCCAGUUUGGUAUUUCUUCAUCUUCCUCUCCUUAAAAAUAGCAGCUAAAAUCUUUUUGUGGCCUCUGAAGUAUCAUAUUUAUAAAUAUUUCUACAGUUAAAUUAUGCUAUCUGUUUUGAACAUACUUUGGCAACACUCUUUUUUGCCAAAAUGUGUGUUAAAAAUAUGGGUAUUUUAUAUAAGAGGUUAUUGUAAUAAACCAUGCAGAACUGAAAUAAUUUCCCAGUAUUAGAAAAGCUGUGAAAAUGUAAUAUCAGUGCCAAAUAACUAGUAUAAACAUAACCCUAUCUAAUAUAUACCAUGGUUUUCAUUAAAGGAACUAAAACGCCUACAUCUGUUCAGAACUAUUCAGUUAAUCUGCAUGUUGCUCUGAUCAGAUUUGUAUUAUGUUCUAUGGUCUUUACCUGUGGAAUUGUAUUUUAAAUUGUCUUGGCUCUUUACAAUAGCAUGUGCCCAUCCAUACUGCUAAGUUUUAGUUGCUAAACAGUUAUAAAUUGCUAUUUCAGUUUUCUUUUUAUUAAAGUAUAAUAUUUUUGAACAAAGUGAAGCUUAAGUUCCAUGGGACUGAAAAAUACGUUCCUGCUUUGUGCAUGGCAUGAUUCAAAAAACGUACCUCUUCAAUAAGCCCCAUUGUAAUCCUUAAUGUUGAAGAAUGAGAAUAAUAAAUUUUUUUGUGCAUUCUUUAAUUUUGAGAAGAUAGUUGGCAACAGAAUGGUCUCUGUCAUCCUUUACAAUAUAUAUCAGUUUACAGAACUGUCAAAACACUUGUAACUUGAUAAUUUCUAUUAAAAUUAAAUGUUUAGUAUAUUCUUACACCUACUGUUUUUAAAUAUUUGAAUACUCAAAGGGCUAAUUUUUGUAUACAACAACAUUAACGUUGGUUUCUAAUAUACUAACAUUAGCCAAGACUAUUAAUAAUAAACAUAAAAAAGUGUGUGUCUCCUGAA